AGCAUUGAGUCCGGGCUUCGGGUCAGAAACAGGAGCCCGGUAAGCAAGUGACCCGCACCAAUAAUUCUCCUUAAUGGUGUGUGAAUGUCCGGGGAUGCAGGCUGCUGAGGUCAUUGUUCCUGCACAGUUUCAGGCCCAGUUGUGUCCUGCGACAACAAAGCAGACAUGUGGACGAGAGGCUGAGGCUCCGGGCUCCUAACUCUUCUCUGCACCUGCAUAGGUCGAACACCCUCCUGCAAGAUGACGUCUGCCACACCUCCCUCCUCUCGUAGCUCCUCCCCUCAGAAGGUUUGCCACUCCCAGACACAGACGGACGUUUUGAAACCUUUGCUGGGCGGCGUUUCCGGAGCGGGCGGGGCUCUGAGGAAGAGGAGGCGUGUUCUGUCGAAGGAUGGACGCAGCAACGUGCGGAUCGAGCACAUCACUGGACGGAAUGCUCUGUACAUGCGUGACCUCUGGACGACGUUCCUGGACAUGCAAUGGCGCUACAAGUUCUUCCUGUUCACUGCGACGUUUGCAGGGACCUGGUUCCUGUUCGGGGUGCUAUGGUACCUGGUGGCACUGGUGCAUGGAGACCUGCUGGAGUUCGACCCUCCGUCGAACCACACACCCUGCGUGAUGCAGAUGCAGACCCUGACGGGGGCCUUCCUCUUCUCCCUGGAGUCCCAGACAACCAUUGGCUACGGGUUCCGCUGCAUCACUGAAGAAUGCCCAGCGGCCGUCAUCCUCCUCAUUAUCCAGCUGGUCCUCACCAUGCUGAUGGAGAUCUUCAUCACUGGAACCUUUCUGGCCAAGGUUGCUCGACCCAAAAAGCGAGGGGAGACGGUAAAGUUUAGCCAACAUGCUGUGGUGUCCACGUAUGAAGGACGCCCCUGCCUGAUGAUCCGAGUGGCCAACAUGCGCAAGAGCCUUCUCCUUGGGUGUCAGGUGAGUGGAAAACUGCUCCAGACGUCUCUGACCAAGGAGGGCGAGACGGUUCGUCUGGACCAGAGGAACGUCCCCUUCCAGGUGGACACAUCCAGUGACAGCCCCUUCCUCAUCCUGCCGCUCACCUUCUUCCACAUCAUCGAUGACAACAGCCCCCUGCGGGCCUGGGCAGCCAAGGGUGGAGGCUGGACAGAUCCAGAACUGGCUGACUUUGAGCUGCUUGUGAUCAUGAGCGCCACGGUGGAGCCGACCUCCGCCACCUGCCAGGUCCGCACCUCCUACCUGCCCGACGAGAUCCUCUGGGGCUAUGAGUUCCCCCCCGUAGUGUCCCUGUCCCCAUCAGGUAAAUACGUAGCGGACUUUGCCUUCUUCGACAAAGUGGCCAAGACCAAGACCACGCCCGUCUUCACACCAUCCAGCCCCCAGCACGUGUACCAGAGCAACGGGGGCGGGACUGUGGCUGACUUGUCCGAUCCAGAGAAGAUCCGUCUGGAGCAGAGCUACAGGGAGCGAGGGGAGGAGCGUGGCCGGGUCAGAGACACUCCUCUCAGUGUUCGCAUCAGCAACGUGUGAGCAGUCGGCUGGACGAGAAGGGAGAGACUGCGAGAAACAGACAAGUUCAGUGUCAACAGCAAAUCACUGAAGCGUCAUAUCAAAGCAGCUUUGGACUCUGGCUUCUUUAGAUGUUUUGGAACUUUUAUCAGAGAGAGAUUUGGUUUCUCAGUAGCACCAAAACACUCAGGAGGCUAGUGUGAACUGUCGACCACUGUAUGACUUGUCAUACAUCUGCUGGGAUACAACACUGUGUUGACUGUAUUCAUGAGAGGGCAUAACCCACUACCUAACAGCCACUACUACAUAUACUGAAUACACUGUUAAAGACGUAAUAUGUUGGAUUAUUUAUUAAAUCGAAACAGGAAGGGUACAAACACCUCCGAUUACGCUAACGCCCUACAGCCAAGCAAAUACUUAUAAAUACUUAGAUCUUGUUCUCGUACAAACAAACCGUCCAACAAAUGGACAGGGGUGGAAACAUAACCACUCUGGCUGAUGUAACAUAACUAUAAAAAAAAAAAAAAUAGUUGAGUAUUAUUUUCCAGUGAUCCUGCUGGAAAACAGAGAGGUGCAGAGAAGAUGGAAAGGAUUGGUGAGUGUUUGGGUUUUAACAAAAAUCACAAUGAGGAAACAUUGACUGUUUAUCUUCCAUUCUAUCAAGGGUCGGCAGGUGGGUCAGGGGGGUGGGUGUUAAAGUGUGUGUGAUAAAGUGGGCAGGAAACACCCACAGACACUUUGAAGCGUGAAAGCUCCAGCUAAUGUCAAUGUAUGAACGAUACACACACGCAAAAUACAAACACACCACUCUACACAAAACUACAUCUAAACAGGUAAAAUAAGCUCAAGCCUAGUUGUCAUCAUACAGUGUCAGAGAAAAACCAGUAAAGAGGAAGGCAGCUCACCACCCCACAACUUCCUCUCAUAAUUCUGAGAAGCAUCAUGAAACCACUUGUAACCGAAAGCACUGGGGACAAAGUUAGUGUAGCAGUUUGAGAGUUGUCUACUGUCGAUCUCCUUGAGAAUUACUGAUGAUGCAAGACAGAACUUUGUAGCACUUUAUGACUAUUAUGUACAUAGCACCUUAGGAGGGUUAGCUGCCUACGUGUGUUAGAGAGUUGUUUUUAAUACUACUCACAUAUUAAAUGUUGAUUAUUUGCAACAGAGGCUUCCUUCCCUAAUUAGAACGGUUGUUUCUCCGUCUCAGUGGCUCUAAGCAAACUGACAUAUGUUUUUUUUUAUCUGUAGGGGACAUGCGUUGAUGUAAGUGCCCCUUUGGAAGUUUUACUGUAAAUGUUUCUGAAGGUCAUUUUCUUUACGGAUGAAAAGAAGUUGGGAAAUUUUUUCUAACACUAAAAUUAACCGCAGAGGUUUUGUCGAAAUCCCCCUCUUUCAUUUUUCCUUCUAGACGACAGGGACGUGAUGAGGAUGACCAGGUGAGUGCGGAGAGAUGAGAAUGUGAAAGAGAAAUAUUGUAAAUCACUGAUAAUCUAGAACAGAAAUGUAACAGUGACAGUUGGGUUUCACCGGUUGAUGGUAAAGACGAGAUAUGAAUGUGUUGGAAUCGCUUUGUAAAAUUUCUUGAAUUAACAUGGAGCUGUGGAGUGUUACAAGUGUUUAAAGUGCAGCUGGAGAGUUCAAAUUAAACAGUUCUCUCUUUAAAACAAGUUGCAAAAUAAAGCUGAUGGUGACAUAUUCAAA